UCGCUAUUGGCUGGCAGAGCUGUCACUCGGGGCGGGGCGGCAGGAUGCUGCUGCGGGGGCUGGCGGGGGCGCGCCGGGGGCCCCCAAACAGCCCCAGAGGGACCCUGUGCCCCCACCCCGCUGGCACCUGCAGCCCCCGGGAGCGUUCGAACAGCGCGGCGAAAGCCGGCGGCGGCACCCCGGACACCCCGGGAGGGGACAGCGGCACCGCCACCCCUCAGGGCGACACCGGGGACCCGCCCGCAGCCCCCCCGGUGCCCCCGCCGCCCACCCACUGCUGCGGCACCGGCUGCCCCAACUGCGUCUGGGUGGGCUACGUGGAGGAGCUGCUGCAGCGGCACCGCGACGGCGGGGCCCGGGCCUUGGCGGCCGUGGAGCAGCUGGUGGAGGACGAGAACAUCAAGAUGAUCCUCAGGAUGGAGAUCAGGCUGCGCGCCAGGAAGGACUGAGCCUCCACCGUGUCCCCCCAAAAGUGGUGGGGGGCCAUCCCUGGGGUGGCAGGAUUGGGAUUUGGGUUAUUUGUAGUGUUUAUGGUGUGCUGAGCGAGGGAUCCCGGGGGUGUCACGCCAGGUCGGGUCACCUCCCGCCUCGGAGGGAGCUGCCCUUGGGGACAGGCGGGGGCUCAGGCUGUCCUGAGCCCCGGAUUUCCUGGGAGCUGGAUGCUGUGCUCUCCUCAGCACGGCAAAUCCCUGCCAAGGGCAGCCCUCCUCCUCCUCCUGUGCUCCCGGCUGGAAUUUAAGCACCUUGGGAGGGAUUUUCAGCACCUUGGCCGUGCCCUGGUGAUGGGAAGGGCUGUGCCAGCCCCCUCCCCACUGGCACCACAAAGCCUCUUAGGGGCCUCUCCGUGGGGAGGGCUCGGGGGGCAGCGUGUGGCACGGGGCACGUGGGAAGCAGCAGCCUGCUGCCAAGGACGCUGGCGCUGUCCCUGCUGUCACAUCCUGCCAGGAUGCUCUCCAAGGGGCCUUUGCCUCCGUCUUAAAUCCCCCUAAAGUGGCCCCAAACCCCCCUCUCCAUCCUGGGGGACUCGCAGCCAUUGAGACGCGCACAGACCCCCCCACACACACACAUCAUCCCAGGACAAGGUCCCCAAGAAGCCACCGAGCCCUCGAGUGUCACUCAUUAACGAACCCCAAUUAACAGCCAGGCUCUGCUCGCUGCCAGGGAAGUAGGUGGUUCUCCGUGGAAAACACUCCUGGAUCCCUUUAAUCCUAUUUGUUGGAGCCCAGCUAAUUGCAAUUAGUGGCAGGGGCUGAAGUUCAAUUAAAGUGUGCCGAGAUUA